UUUGAGGCAUAGACUUAUUUAUGCCAUGUGUGGUAUUUGUUGCUUCCUUUUCGUGGACAGUGGGAAUUCAAGUACUCAUUAUCAGACUAUAUCCGAUUCUGUACUUCCUCAUCUUCAAAGACGAGGUCCAGAUCACAUUGGGAAAAAGGAUUUCUCCAUAACAAAUGAUCACAGAAAGUUUUGCUUGAGUCUUGUUGGUACUGUACUUCAUUUAAGAGGCAGCAAGACUCCCCAGCCUUUAGAAGAUGAGUGUGGGAAUAUUCUGUUGUGGAAUGGAGAAAUAUUUGGUGGUAUAGAGGUGAAGGAGAAUGAAAAUGAUUCUUUGAUUUUGCUGAAUAAUUUGUCGAAUCCUCUCUCAGAAGUGACACCUUCUCAACACAUCAUUUCAACAAUGGCUAAGGUUCAAGGUCCUUGGGCAUUUGUGUUUUGGCAGGUGAGUGAACAGAAACUGUGGUUUGGCAGAGAUUAUUUUGGACGUCGAAGCUUGUUGUGGCAUGUUCCCACAAAUCCAGGUGACGUUCUUGCUGUAACUUCUGUGACUGGGAGAAACUCUCCUGCCACUGAUACAAAUCUGCAUUUUGAAGAAGUUCCAGCCGAUGGCUUGUACUGCGUUGAGUUUGGGACUCAUACAACUGAUCAAGUUUGUGAUCAACCUUUCAGGAUCAAUAAAUUCGAGUGGAAGAUCUCCAACGAAGAGUUGGAAAACUCCACGUUGUUUCUGCCCUGCCCUGUGAUGCCAUUUAACAAACAAAUGCCUACAGAACGAGAUGUUCAAGUUAUUGAAGAGAACAGGCGGCUUCUUGGCCUGCUAGCGAAUGCAUGCGAUGAAAAUGCCAUAAAAUUGGAAGAAAAGUCCUCCAAAGAAGGCAAAAAGUCGAUCGGAAGUGAAAACACCGUGGGACCAGGUAGUGAAAAGCGUACUGUGGAAAAUGGUAUGUCAAAUCUUGAUACUGUUGAAAAUGAAAAUGUAAUUGAGGCAAGUAUUUCAGGACGCGACGGCGCAAAUCUUAAUUGUGAUCCAAAUCUCACCAAGCAUGGAACAAGUCUUGAAGAUUACAUCUGUGGUUUGAAUGUAAACGCAAAAUGUUCUUCACCGAAUCCAACGCCAGGAGUCCACACUAACGAUAAUUUUGAAGCAAGUCUUUCGAAAAGUCCGUCUUGUGACUCAAUUAAAUGUACUUCUCCGAUGCGUAGGGUCGAUUCGGUGCUCUAUCAAGAUUCUUGUCUGAAAACAUCAUGCAACGAAUUAACAAUGACUGCCGAACCUCAUGAAGAUACAAAUAUCUCCUCAACUGGGACGAUCGCAGAAGGGUGCUCUCAAUGCGAUUUGCUUAGAAGUAUGUGGAACUCAUCUUAUGAAGAAUCAAGAGACAAGUUUAUUGCAGUUCUUGGUAAUGCAGUUCGGAAAAGAGUUUGGAAUCUGCCAAGAACUAACAGCGAUUCAGUUACUUCUAAUUUUUCCUCGGGAAUUACUUCCGAAGCAAAUAGUUUUAUAUCUUCAGGAGUACAGCAUAAGGAUGCUCGAGUUGGUAUUUUAUUCUCAGGUGGCAUUGAUUCUAUGAUGAUAGCGGCUUUGGCGGACAAAUUUGUACCUACGGAAGAAGCCAUAGAUCUCAUAAAUGUCGCAUUUGAGCAAAAAACCCCAUCUAGCCAUCGUCAAAGCAAGAAUACAAAGAAAGGAAAGACGAGAAAGAAUGUAACACCAACAAAACCCGCAAGAAACUUCCGUGUUCCGGACAGAAUAACAGGAAUAUCAGGCUUGGAGGAAUUACAGUGCAUUAACCCGUUACGACAAUGGAAUUUUAUUGAGGUUGAUGUGACCCUGGAAGAGCUUCAGGAAAUGAGGUCUCGCCAUAUCAGUCACUUGGUGUCCCCCCUGAACACCGUUUUAGAUGACAGUAUUGGCUGUGCUUUAUGGUUUGCUGCCCGGGGGAUAGGACGUCUACGCUCCUUCUCCGUUAGCAGUAGUCUGAGCAAAAAUAGCGAAGGAGAUACUGAAGAGAAGAAAUACACGAGUAAAGCGAAGGUUUUACUGGUUGGCAUGGGAGCGGACGAGCAGUUAGGAGGAUAUGCCAGGCACCGAACUUGCUUCGAUAAUGAAGGUUGGUCAGGUUUAAUGGACGAGAUAGACAUGGAAGUGAAGCGAAUAUCUAAACGGAAUCUUGGCCGAGAUGACAGGUGUAUAUCAGAUCACGGCCGAGAGGCGCGGUUUCCUUUCCUUGAUGAAGAGGUUGUCUCGUUUUUAAACUCUCUCCCAGUAUGGCUGAAGACAGACCCAGGACUUCCGCGAGGGAUUGGGGAGAAACAGUUGCUGCGCCAAGCGGCGCGGUUGCUUGGCUUAACGUCAUCAGCGCAGCUACCCAAACGAGCAAUCCAGUUUGGAUCUCGCAUUGCCAAACUGGAGAGUACUGGAGAGAAAGGCUCUGAGACUUGUUCAAGGCUUGAAUUCUAAAUGGUCUGUCCAAUAAACGUAUUUAUUAGUACUGCA